AUGCUUGAGGCAAGACUCGAAAAGGCUAACGACCUGAAGAAGGUCGUUGAUGCCAUCAAGGACCUAGUCCAGGACUGCAACUUUGACUGCAAUGACUCUGGUCUCGCGCUCCAGGCCAUGGACAACUCGCACGUCGCCCUCGUCUCCAUGAUGUACAAGGCCGAGUCUUUCUCGCCGUACCGCUGCGACCGCAACAUUGCCCUCGGUGUCAACCUGGUCUCCCUCACCAAGGUGCUGCGCGCCGCACAGAACGAGGAUGUCCUCACCCUCAAGGCCGACGACGCCCCCGACUCGCUCAACCUCGUCUUUGAGAGCUCCAACAACGACCGUAUUUCCGAGUACGACCUCAAGCUCAUGGACAUUGACCAGGAGCACCUGGGCAUUCCCGAGACGGAAUACGCCGCCACUAUUUCCAUGCCCAGCGCUGAAUUCAAGAGGAUUUGCACCGACUUGAUGGCCAUGUCCGAGUCUGUGACCAUUGAAGCAUCCAAGGAUGGUGUCAAGUUCUCCGCCAACGGCGACAUUGGAAACGGAUCGGUCACCCUGCGCAGCAACCAGGACGUUGAGAAGGAGGAGAACAACAUUGAGAUCGAGCUCACCGAGCCCGUAGCUCUGACCUUCUCCCUCAAGUACCUCGUAAACUUCUGCAAAGCUCAGCCCCUGUCGAACAGAGUCAAGGUUUGCCUCUCUAAUGAAGUGCCCUUGUUGGUCGAGUACGGAUUGGCUGGUACCAGUUAUCUACGCUUCUACCUGGCACCAAAGAUUGGUGAUGAGGAGUAA